AGUCGUGUUCCUGCUAUCCAAAACCUGUAAAGUACGUCUUUGGUGUUACUAGAAAAAUCGGCGAUAAAGAAUGAUUAAAUUUUAAACCCUUUGUCUAAACCGACACGUAAUAGCGCCUUAUUUUUGCUGUCAUGAUUAUUUACGAACAUUAAACCACGUGCUACUUACACCUUGUAUUUUGACAAGAAGUCAAUUGUUAAGCAAGAGAAUGUCAAGAAGGAAACAGCCGAAUCCUGCAAAGUUAGGAGAUACUGAAGCGACAAAAUCGACAGAAGUUGUAGAAGAUCGCGCAGAAAAUGCUAGCAAUGGAAAUUCAAAUUCGGGAACAGUAAAAAAUGGGCUUUCGUGUGAACGCCAAUGUACGUAUAUCAAAAAGGAAGAAUUUACAGACGAUGAGGAGAAAGAUAACGUGGACGAUGGAAACAACAACGAAGACAUUGACAGGAUGGGAAUGGAUGAUCAAGAAGACAGUUUAGGUUCAAUCGGAACCGAACAUGGUAGUUGGGGUUCGAAUACACCUGAGCAAGCUUCACCGGCUCCAAGUUCAUGUGCAACUCCCAGUUCAAGCUUGAGUGACAUAGCUGACUCUGAAAUAGCGUUUACAGUUGGGAUCACUGAAACCACCCCGUAUGCCUGCAAAAUAUGCAAUAAAGCGUUCGCCAGGUCAUCUUUAUUAAGCAAACACGAACAGUCUCACACGGACCAACUGCAAUAUGGAUGUUCGUACUGUCCCCGGUUAUUCAAACACAAGAGGUCACGUGACCGGCAUAUCAAAUUGCAUACCGGGGACAAAAAAUACAAAUGUGUCCAUUGUCAGACAGCAUUCUCCAGAAGUGACCAUUUAAAGAUCCAUAUGAAGACACACGAUAACAGUAAACCGUUCCGUUGUUUAAUUUGCAACAGAGGAUACAAUACGGCCGCCGCACUUACCUCUCAUCAGCAAAGCCAUUCCAAACAAAACACUGAAGGUGGGAAAAGCCCUGGGUCUUUUAAAUGCCACCAAUGCCCAGAAACUUUUACCAGAUACGAUUUAUUGCAAUUUCACACAUCUUCAAUGCACACUACACUUGGAGUUACUUGUGCAUCGCAGAGCAUGGCUUCCACCCCUCUCCAAGAAUUGCCUAAAUGGGUCUGUAUGUAUUGCGGAAGAGACUUUUUAACUAUCGACGAAAUGCAACAUCACGUCAAUCUAGACCAUAGCGCAAUACUGAACGGAAAUUUUACGAAUAAUGCUUCCAAACCGACCACAACAUCCGAAACUUCUUCGCCACUAAAUGAUAAAGGUUCGCCGAUUCAUGAAAGUAACAGUUCACCAACAUACGCUUGUGACAGUUGCACAAUGCAGUUUGAUUCAAUUGAAAAGCUACGGGUCCACGAAAAUUGUAUUCACUGGAAACCUCCCCAACCAUUAAUUUCGGCUCCUGCUUUAUACGUGAAGGAUUGCAAUGCCUGUCUUCCACCAUCCGAAAGAGUGACCACGGACGUAUUAAGUGCCUCUCCAACCUCGCAGCCGGUACAGUCUCACCCUACCGAUUUGAGUCGAAAACGUCGCGCAGGUGAUGUAGAGAGCCCAGUUGUUGCAAAAAGAGAGUCUAACGAUUUAAGUAACCACAGUAUGGCUGGUGGUUCUCGCGAUUCCUCCAAAAAAGAAGAAUGGUCAAGUUACAUCUGCAGUAUAUGUGGAACUCAACUGCCAAAUUUUGCGUCAUUUAUGGUUCACAUGGAUAUACAUAUGUCUGUAAACGCUACGCCUACAAAUGUAGUGUUAGGAGGAUACUGUCCGCUUUGUGGCGAAGCUUAUCGUGAUCAAACUGAGCUUAAUAAUCACAUCGUGUUGCACACUUUAUCAUAUAAGCCAGGUUGGUGUUGUCGUGUCUGUAAAAAGGUUUUUAAUGAAGACUUGGAGGACUUGCAAAGACAUCUUGUGGAAAACCAUACAUGCACAACGUAUAGAUGUUGUGUUUGCGAACAGAUAUUUGAGACCAAAUCGGCAAUGCUAAUUCAUUUGACAAAAAAACACAGCAGUGAGUGUCAACAUUACCGUUGUAAGUUUUGUCCAGAGCAAAUAUUUCACAACCAACUUAGCGCCGAGAUGCACAUAUCUCAACAUGUACCACGUUUAUUUAAUCCAUCGCGGAAAUCUAGUUUCGGAUCUUUUCCAUUUCGUGCCGAUUACAAUACAAGGGUGGAUCGACUUGGCAAGAACCUCCAAUGUCCGUUUUGUCGACAGUGUUUUAAAGGAGAAUAUCUACACCAAAUCCACAUGUUAAAAGAACACAAGAACUAUAGACAGGCGCAUACAUCAACAAUGACCGAAGAGUGUUCAAUUGAUCAACUAGCAACUAGAAGUCAAAGGGAGGUCCAGGACAAUUCUUCGGUACUAUAUACUAAUAGUAUAACUCCUUCCGAUAACAUUUCGCGAUACGAGAGAGGUAUCAACGAAAACUUCAUGUGCGACAUAUGCGGCACAACGGAUUUCAGCAGCGAGACUGAACUAAUUAGUCACAAAAAGCUACAUCAUGUUAAAUCAAAGAUCGGCCCGGUAAGCCUCCAGUGUGCGUACUGUAACGAACAUUGUAAAUCGCGAUCAGACUUGGAAAAUCACAUGAAAAAUCACCAAGUAAACAGUAGCAAAGGUAAACACAAGUGCAACAUUUGUGACGAAAUAUACACUUCGGCGAUCAUUUUGGCCGAACACAAACUUUCUCACUGUAAAAUAGUGUCUGGAAAUACGUGCACUCAAUGUAAAGCCAUCCUUACAGACGAGCAGUCGUUUUAUUCCCAUCAAGUUCAGCAUAGCGCAGUAUUAAAUAAACCAAAUUCACAAAUUUCUUUACCGGCAAACUGCAUUAUUUGUUGCCAAACGCUCCAAACUGAUGUCGAAAUUAAACUUCAUUCGAACUUCCACUUGCAACAUAUAAUCCACAAGGAAUUUUUGUGCAGCAUGUGCAAUCACAUUUUUGAUACUCGUACCGGCCUUCCUCUUCAAGGAUACGAGAAGAAUUCGGAAAAUCUACAAAUUGCAAUAUGUAAAGAAUGCAUGCGGAAGUGUAGCAACAAUGGCACUUCUAGCAGUCCCAUAAUACAAAGUACCGAGUGUGUAGACAAAAAAGUAUAUUCUUGCGGGAAAUGUCCAAAGACAUUCGAAAAUGAAGGCGAUGUAAAGAAGCACGCGGUAACGCAUGUAGUCAGUGAUGGUGCCACUCACGAAUGUCACAUUUGCAGAAGUAUCUUUCCAUCAGCACUAAAGCUGCAGCUGCACGUUAUAGAGCACAGUUUUUUUGGAACGGGCCAAUUCCGAUGUUAUAUUUGUAGCUCGAUAUUCACAACUGCAAACGGUUUGCUUACUCAUAUGCUCGAUCAUGGCGUUAACUCAAAACCUUACGAAUGUGCGACGUGCCAAAUGAAGUUCUUCUUUCAAACUGAAUUGGACAACCAUAAAUACGAUCACAUACUCGUGCGGACCAUCCAUACGCCCAUUCUGAUGAAUUGUAAAUCAGAGGGUGAGAACGCAUCGGAGAAAAUAAAGCGGGAGGUGUUGAACAACUGUCCUUACUGUGAUAUGUUAACGUCACCAACGUACAUGGAGAUUCAUUUAAGAUGCUGUAAUCAAAAUCCGGAGUUCAAAAAGAAUACCGAUGAAAAACGUAAAAUAAAAUUUGCGGAGAACAAUAAUGCGUCAACAAACGAAGAAAAGAAGACUUAAUUAUAUUGUGUUGUUCUCUGACCUACUAUACAUUGUUUUCUUAAUGAAGGGCAAUAACUACAUUACCUUAAAGAGACGAGAACUCUUAUUUAAUGUUAAAGUGAUAGUUUUUCAACUUUGCAAUUUAAUUGAACUGGAAUUAGUAUAACUAUAGUAGAUAUGUCAAUACCAAUGUGAUAAUACCACUUAAUGGGUUAGGGCGACAUCAGCGUCACAUUAUUUACCAUUACCUGUUCUGAUUACGUGCAUUAUAAACAUGUCACGUGGUCUGCGAAUAAUAAUUUAGUCUUAUUUUUAGACGAUUUAGUGAUGUGAAGUUUCCAUGGAGAAGGGACUGUUCUGUAAAAGAGAAAGGUCUCGAUUGUUUAAAUUUUAUCCAGACAGCAUACCAACUAGGCUCCAGAAGUCGCACAUAUGCUCAAUACUAGUACUAUAUGGAUAAACCUUUUCAUUUAAUUUUCAAAGGGGAGCAAAUUGAUUUGAGGAAUAUACAGGGUCAUUAGCAAAAUACUUAAAUUAAAAAACUACCAUUACGAUUAUUGGGCUUGUUUUAUUUUCCUUUUUUACAAAAUGUUUCUCAACGUUGAUUUUAUAUUUACAAGAUCUUGCACCCUGAAAUACAUUUACAAUAUGAGACAGUCUUACAGGAAUUAUGGUUGUAAGUUUGGUAUGCGCCGAUAACACCCUGUAUAGAAAAACACUAGUUACAUUUGACUAUGUAAAGUGUUAGCUCUAAGUGUUAGAUGUUUAUUCUUCUACUAUUCGAGUCCUUUAAUCGCUUAAGUUCAGAAGUUGCUUUCAUAAACUUUACAUCAUUGAAAUCUACAAUUUACAAAUGCCUAAACAUUAAAGUAAAGUUUGUUACGCACGUUAUAGUUGUAUACAUAUUAAUUCGGAAAAUUGUUGCCCCUUUUCGCAAAUCCUUAGAUAUUAAGGAAAAAGUUAAAACGUUUUUUGAAAGUUUCGCUAUUGUUUUUGAAUGGAUACAAGUCAAGCAUUUUUGUAAGUGUAUUCCAACGACCUAAAGUUUGUUUAAAUUGAUUGUAACAAU